AUGCCGCCAAUCAUAGCGAGCCAUUUGACAACAGUCUGGUUAUUUUCUCCUGAAAAUGAUAAGGGCGAGUCCAUGGCAACUUCCAAGGCCCCCGAGGCAAAGGAGCAGAAACCCAAGGCGUUGAUAACGUUCCGGCUGAUCCAGCUCCUGUCAGCCAGAUUCAGGUCGUUGUAUCCAUAUCCAAGCACCAUCAACGCCAGACACUGGCGUGUUCCUCCCAGCCGCAGGCUCGUGAAGAGAGAUACCGGAUACAACAGAAGCAUGAGUAUUCUGGCCUGGGCCUCUGUCAUUCUCUGUGAAGGCAUUGUCCGCCAUGAUCGAUUGGACAUGGAAAACGCCACAACCGACCAGCUUCUGCAUUCGAUGUAUGGCCUCGGCCAUCUGGUCCAUGCUCGGAGUCCAUAA